GUCCCAGAUGGCGUUUAGCACCUGAGCAGCUGUCGUCAGCAGAUACCAUCGCGUCGGUUUCACAAAUGGUGGUCCUUCUCGACCUUCGCGGCCUUCGGCAGACAGUCUACUAUCAAAUCGAGAGCAUGGAAAUUGGCAUGGAAGCUGCUCUCUUCGGAAUCUGCAUCUACAGCGUUGUGUGGGCAGGCAUCGCGACUUUCUUUGACAUCCCCUUCCUUCCCACGUGGCUCAAAUGGACGCUGGCUACUCCCGGCAUCCUCUCUCUGCUGGUUUGCGGCGGUUCGGCGGUCGUUUCGGCGGUGUUGGAUUCGGUGGCGACCGUCAGGUGGGUGGGCGAGCUGGAGGAUGAGUUUUACGUGAGGGGUGCCUACCUCGGGCCAGUCCUUCGCGCCUACGUCAUCCUCUUCGUCGCGGUUCCAGGCGGCAUUGGUGCAAUGGUCUACUAUGGGCUGCAAUGGUGCUCAGAAUCCCAUGAGUGCAUCUCCACCGCCGCGGCUAUUGUGAAGGGCCUUCUAGCUCUGGGCGUGGUUGUCUUCGUGGUCGUUGCUGAGGUGCGUGGGUAUCUGUCUACCAUAGCCUGGGACCUCCUAUGCGGCCUGCGCGGCCUCCUCGACACAGUCUGUUCAGCCGCCAAAGGGGUGUUUUCUGCGACGAGCCAGCUGGCAGUAUGGCUGAUGGGUCCUUUCCUGGACUCUAUGGCGACGAGGCGGGCAGCGCAACGGGCAGCUGAGCUGGCAGCGGAGGAGCGAGCAGCGGAGCGGGCAGCAGAGCUAAUACGGCAGGAAGAGGCGUGCAAGAGGCCUAGGGGCAAGCCCAAACAGCAGCCGAAGACUCCCUCGAUCGACACCGCAGCGACGGGUGAUGACGGAGGGUCAGAGGUGGCCGCAGACGAGGGUGAUGAUAGUGACGAGAUGCUCCUCAACUCAGCAUUCGCCAGUCAGUGUGUCGGUCGGAAGGAGGGCAAGGCUGCAAAGGCCAAGAAGGACAGGCGGCCGGACGUCCCGAGACCUGCAACUUCGUUCCGGCCGUCGUGUAGUCUGCAAGCUCGGAGCCAGCCUACGAGGCCUCCCCGUGCGUCAAAGGUGGAGGUAGUCCCAGCAAGCGGCCCAGCCAACAACCACCGCGCCACACCCAGUCGUCGUCCAUCUCACACAGAGCCUGAAUCAGCGCGCCCUGCUUUAUCCAGCCGUCUGGCACAUUCGGCGGUUGAGUCGGUGCCACACGUAGCCGGCCAACAAGCAAACCUGGGCAGCCCUCCGCCCCUGCCCCCUCGCCCAGCCUACCCUCCCCCUCCCCCCACCGCAGCCACUCAACCAAAACCACCUGCUGCAUCGGCAUCCCCGUGUAGAUCAGCGGCCACUCAGCCGGCGCGUCAGCCCGGGUCGGGCAGCGUGCCGCAAGGUCGUGUGAGGAGCGGCCCACCGCCCCUUGUCGAGCCUGUCGGCGUGCCCAGGUGAGAGAGUGCUGCUGAUGGUUGAGUUGGGUGGGUGCUUGACAUUUGUGUGCCCGUGUGUGUUGGUUCUUUGCAGGACUGUGGGCGGCCGGUCGGUUGAGGACAGGGCGUCUGGCAGCCAGGGUGGCUCACCUACUACUGCGUCUGUCGGGAGUCUAUCACAGCAUAGCAACGAUGGGUAAGAAAAUGGAACGGCGCGCCUCUGGUUGUGUCAGUCAGUCUCAUCUCUCUCUUCUGUGUGUGUCGUGUGUCAGCGGGGGUGGUGUCAACAGUGAACGACUAGUGCCGCAGGUGCUCCAUCGGCUGCCGUGUCGUCGUCAGGAAGGUACACUCACCGACAACACGCAAAUGGACACACAAGCGAUCGCCGGGUCAAAGACGCACUCUCUCUGUAUGUGUCCACCUCACAUCAGUGGUCCUUCUGAGGCCGCUUCUGGUGGCGAGGUGGAGCAAAUGCGACGGGAGCUCGAGCAAGUCAAGCGGACGUACGGACAACACAGAACAGACCGUCUUUGCCCACUGAAGUGGCGCUCAUCGUUUGGCGUGUGUUCUGCGUGUGUGUUGUCUCUUCAGUAUAG